CUCCCAGCCACGAUUCGAACCUUUUCACAUCACGCCGACUGCCUCCACGAGUCUUGGCGUAGUCAUGCAGGAAGGCUGUCGAAUGACAUUGCUUUGGCUUAUCUCCUAUUUCCAAAGACAUCACCUCAUCAUUAGUACCUCAGUCUGGCCGUCCGCGAAAUUUACUGGCUUGAGACACGAACCCGGCGGCGCGGCUUAGGCUUGGACCGCAUUAAUUGAAUCACAAAAUCUCUUUCCUGGUACAAUGACCACACCCUUUUCGUUGUGAGAAGCUUCGCGCAAUGUCUUAUGGCCUAGCGAAGCCAAGAGAUGCACAUCCCACUGUCAUCCAACUGAAGAGCAGCCAGUCGACCAGCGUUGCGUCAUAAUGCUCGGCCACUGGCUGGUUCAGGUUGAGUACCUACCUUACUUUUGAGCAAGCUACAUAUUCUGUCAAUUCCCGACGAUUUUCAGUCACCCAGCAUCUUCCCUGCCUCUCCUGCCUUCGAUUUGAAACCUUUGAAGUACUGCAACGAACUCCGAGACGGCAGCUGAAAAUGUCUGCAGAGGGUCCAAUCCAUUCCACAGGCCGCGGUGGUGCUGGCAACGUUGGCCACGAUAACACCGAGUACACGGAUGGUGGUAUCGUACGUGAGGGCAUCGUAGGCGCUGGCGAGGGCGAUUACUCAACAGGUCGUGGUGGCGCCGGUAACAUCGUGGAGCAUCCAGAGAAGAGGCCGUCAAUGGACAUAGUUCCCAAGGUCAACGAAAUUCCUCAUGAAGGCCAUGAGGACUUUCACACGGGUCGUGGCGGAGGGGGCAACGUUCACAAAGAAAAGUACGGCGGCCAUUCCCACGAUCCGAACAAGUUGAGCCUGCUUGACAAGGCGAAAUCGUUCCUCACCGGCAAGAAGAAGGAGGCGAAGCACACGGAGACCAAAACGGAGACUCCAGCCCCCACUAGCGAAGCUCCUUCCACUUGAUGCUCAACCUACGUACGUACAUAGUCUAUCGAACGUCGCGACUAGCGUCAAAUAUGAUACCAGGCAGAACAUGCCAUGCCUCGCUCCGCAGCAGCAUAUCAGAGUAGAUAGAUCGUGCAGUUUCCUCCCAGUAGCUCUAGACAAAAUGAAAGCUGUAGUUCUAACCCA